UAUGACGGGAAGUGCAAGUGUUAUAUGCCAAGAAGUACCUGGAGAAGCAGUUAAGAUAUAAGGAUUAAGGCCUAUAAAAAGGAAAACGUUUUACAGUGAACUGCACAAUAAAACAAACAGUUAAAGCUGAUACACUCAAGCAUCAAAGCUUUUUCGUAAACCAAGGGAUAUCAAUAUCUGAAAAUGGAUCUUAAUCUUCCAGAUAAUGCAUCAAUUUCUGACAUUUACGUCGCUGCGAUGACCAUUAAUAUUCAAGAAUCAUUGGUUGAAAUUCCUCUGUGUUAUUUGGAAAAACUUCAUGAAAAAAUUUUGGAAGAAUUGAAAUUAGUUAAACCUGCGUCAAUGGAAGAUCUUCAUAAAAUAUCUUUCUUUUUUAAAAUUGCAAAAGAUGAAAAUAAAAAAUAUGGCAAAAAGAAUUUGACAUUUAAAAGCCAAGAUUUCAACAGGGGUAGGCAUUCACGAUUCUCCAACAACCCUAAAACUACAGAAAAAGUUACUGUGCACGGUUAUGAUGUUACUUCCACAUGUUUUAGGAAUGCAGUAGGCAAUUUCAGAAAUGACUUUUGCCGUUCUAUGGGUGGCUAUUGGUCAAAGUUAGCAGAUAAGUGUGUGCCAUCUUCAAUUUCUUUCGAAUACUUGGUUUCAAAAGACAUACUAACAAAACAUAACAUUGAAGUAACAUCUUACGAAACGUUAAACAUAGAUGCAGGUUCUUAUUGCUAUGCAUAUCCAGCGAAAACAACAUUGUACUUCCACGCACCCGAAUCUGUUAAAAAUGAAUGUAUAUAUUUUGAAUUUCUAAAGCAACAAUUCAGGUAUGGAGAAAACAAAUGCAUCGAUCUAACCAUGAUUAAGGUGUCGUCAGAAUCUAGAUUUGUUGCUAGAGCCAGAGCGGAAUAUGAUAUCAAAGUAAGAAAAGGCUAUUGUAUCAAAGGAUGGGCGAAAGUCAUUAGUUUUGGUAUUAACGCUGUUUUAGAUCAGGAGAAAGAAAUGUCUUUCUCGUCAGAUCAGUUAAUGGUGAACUUUAAAUGUGGUCCAGACAGUUGGUUUAAGAUAAAACAAAAGCCAGACAUUAAAAUCAAAAUAAAAGAAGCAAACGACUUUUUAUCACUUGAGAUGAACAUGAGGCACUAUCAAGAAAAGUUGAAAAUGACAGGGGAAAAUGGAAAAUUAGAAGAUUACAAGAAGAAAGCAAUAGAAGAAGCCUUCGAAAUUAUGGAAAAUGAACACGACGAUGACGAAGAGCAAGAACUUAUUAAAUCGACAUUACAGAAAUGUAAUGCGUGUGUAUCUGAUGUAUCUGCACUGAUAAGUGAAAAAGAAAAACGUGAAUCUGACACCUGGUUACUUGCUGUUAUUGCAAAUGGAUUUAGGAAAGAAUAUAAUGUCAAGCUCUCACCCUGUUUUGAAGAUCUUGUUAUAAAGAAAUUGGUACUUGAAAUCGAUACGAGGGCAGAUGCCUUUUCUCACAUGGAUACAGCCUUAAAGAAAACUGGCAUUAUGAAGCAUGAGUUUGUGCUGAAUCCUCCAACAGCUAACCAGAUGUCUGAUAUCAAUAACCUUUGUGGACAUGCAUACGAAGAAAUUGUUAAUGCAAAAGUCUUGGCGACAGCUGCUGAGCAUGGAAUUCCUUUGAAAUGUGUAGAAGGUGAUGGUAUAGGACAUUAUAUCAACUCAGCUGGAAAACAGGUUGCAUCUCCAAAGUAUGUAGACGCAAUAUUUACUAAUGCAUCCACUGGAGAUAGUCUGUCGGUACAAUAUAAAUUCUGCCACGAACAAGCUGGACUCGAAAAUUUAUAUAACAACUGGAAAAUGAAAUGGCAAAAUGAAGAUCUCUCAAAUAUUGAUGUAGUGGUACCUAAAGGAGUUAAUCAAGAUGGUAAUUUUAAGGAUGUUGUUAAUUUUAAAAAUGAAAUCACUGUUGAAACUCCAACUCAUCAAGAUGUAAGAAAAUGGAUUGAUUCAAAUCGUACAAAACUUACUAGAGUUGCAGAAGAACAUAUCAAAUAUCGAGUAGAUAUCAAAAAUAAGAUUAAGAGAAGUAAUACGGCUAUGAAGAAACUGAAGGAUAGAAUUGAAUCGUUAAAAACAAAAGGAGACGCAUGCUCACAUCCAGAAGGAAAGAAAAGAAUUUCUGAAAAUAUUGAGAAGAUGAAAAAGGAUUUCAAAGACCACGAACAACGUAUUUUAAAACUCAAUAAGGAGAUGCAAAAAAUAAACGAAAAUGUUGAUAAGAUAGUCAAAAAAGAUGGUCUUAAUCCAAUUCCAGGCAUGGACGAUGAAAUGAUGAAGCAGCAGAAUGCAAAACUCGAAAAAUUCAAACUAGAAGAACUAAAAAAAAAGGCUAACAGAAUAAUGGAAGCUAAAAAGCAACUUAAAGCUACAGUUGCUUUGGCGUGUAUCAUAAGUACAUCAACGGAACUUAUAUGUUCCUUGGUCGAUGAAUUAGCCUUAUGUGAUGAGGGUAAGCAAACGUUUGGCGAAGCCGCACUGAAUAUUUUAAAACGAACCAGCAAGGCUGCAGGUAUUAGUACUGGAAUCGCAGCUGGCAUCGGUGGUAUUCAGUAUGGUCUAACUCGGCUGGCAUUGUCAGAAUCAUCCAGGUUAUCGACUUUUGGAAGUUACGGCAGUCGCAUCUUUGGUCCUGCACUUAUGGUUGCAGGCGUAACAUACCAAAGUUAUAACAUCAUUGCACAAUAUAACAAAGAUAAAGAAAUGUCCCCUGCAUUUGCAAGAAAAAGAAUGGGUAUCGAUUUUGCUCGAAUGGCAGGCGUAACUGUUGGAUCAGUUGGAUCUUUUGCUCUUGCAACAGCAUGUAUAUCGAGUACACCAGUUGGAUUAGCGGUCGGAGCCAUUUGUUGCAUCGUUAUUGGUAUCGGUGAUUACUUUCUCGGGAAAUAUCUUAACCUAGAAGAGGAAUCAGCUAAAUUAGAGUACCUCGAGUUGAGGAAAGAAGUCAUAGAUAAAGCCUAUGGAUUGUUUGACUUGGAAUGUCAUUGUACUGAUAAAGAACUGAAAACAGCUUACCAUGCAGCGAUACUAAAAUAUCACCCAGACAAAGCCGAGAACAAAGAAGAAGCAACGGAUAUCGCUCGUGCUAUUAUUACUGCUUAUACGUUAUUGAAAACAGUACGAUCUGAAUAAAAGUAAAUUACCAAAAUUGUUAACACAUAGAAAGUAGAAAUAUGCCUUUUUUCAUUUAAUUUAUAUUUACUAAAACAUUGUAUAUACAUAUAAUACCUUAAAUAUUUGUUAAUACCUGUAAUUAUAUGUAAUCGUUAUAUUGGAAAGAAGUAAAUGUUCAUUUGAUUUGAUUUGAUUAGUACUGUCUCGAAAUUACCAGAAAAACAUAACAUAAUAUAGGCUAUAUACAUUAUAAUGUAUUAUAUAAACUUUAUGUUAUGGAAUGCUUUACUGGUUGAAUAAAAUUAAGGUGUUAGGUAGGCAUUUAGUAAUGAAUGAUGAUGAUGAUUAUUAUUAUUAUUAUUAUUAUUAUUAUUGUUAUUAUAGUUGUUAUUAUUAUAUUCAUUGUUACCCUCAUUGCUAUCAUUAAUGUCAAUACUAUUUAUUUUUAUUGCUAUUUCUAUUAUAUUACCGUUUAUUGUUUUUGCUUCUAUUUUUUACUAUUUCAUUAUUACCCUCAUUAUUAUCAUUAAUAUUAAUACUAUUUAUUUUUAUUGCUAUUACCGUUUAUUGUUUUUGCUUCUAGGUUUUACUAUUUCAACUGUUGUUGCUUUUAAUUUAUAGUGGUUGUUAUUAUAAUUUUCAUAUCUAUUGUAAUUUAUUAUUGCUUCCAAACGUUCGGCUAUGUUUAUUUUUUAUAAUUUUUUGAUACCAUUUAAAAAUUUCGAUGUAGGCCUUCCACAAUAACUCUCGAAAUUUUUAAUUAUUUAUUUUUAUUCUUUUGAGCUCUUUUUAAUUCCACGUAUUAUAUAUAAACUUUCUUGUUUAUUUUAAAUUUUUUUUUUUGUAGCUUUUGCUACUUAUAUUACUACUAGGAAACUGAUUUCCGUUUUGCUUAUUUAUUUGUAUGUAUCAUUUAUGUCCAUUUAACUGUACUUCUCACAACAGCUCAAGUCCCGACUGAUUAUCUAACCUAUGUUUUUCCACUUUUAUAUAUAUAAAAAAAAAUAAAAUCCAGAUGACUUUACCUCUCUCAGAGUAUUAUGAUCCCGAUUAUUUCCCUAGGUGUCACGGAAACAUCAAAUGAUUUUUUUCUAUUGUUCAUUUAUUUCUAGAAGCAUUACAAUAUUUUUGAUGAAAUGAAACAAAUCUUUACAUCACUCAAACUACCCUUUGAUUUAAUUGGAGUGAGUGAAAAUUGGAUCAAAAUAAUUUGAUAACCCCCUGGUACUUUCUACCAGACAUGAUUGUGAUUACAAGACCCAUUUCGAAAACAUUGUCGUCGAAACCGUUUAUAGAUCACCCUCCCUUGCUCCUUUUCAAUUUGCUGAUCAUAAACUUGACACCGUCCUCUUCAAAUUAUCAAGAGAUGACAAAAUUGUUUCAUUUUUGGAGACCUUAAUAUCGAUAUUUUGAAGCAUGGGUCAGAAAAUAGUGCCCGCUACUUGGUCAACAUUUUUUUUGCAUUUAUUCUUCCCCGCAUCUACAGACCAUCUCUUCUAUAAUCAACCUGACUUUCCUAAUCCGAGUAGAUUAAUUUAUUACGCCAUAUCUGAUCAUCUCCCUUUUUAAAAUAUUUCUUCGCGUGCUGUAACUAGGUCAAACACAGAAGAGAAAUCUAAAUUCAGAAAAAUUAAGUCCACCACCUGCGAAAACUUGCGUCUUGAUGUGUCUGUUGUUUGAAGUCAAAAGUAUUCAGGACCCUGAUGAGACAUAUUCUGAGUUUGAAACAACAUUAAAGAAAAUUUAUGAAAAACAUUUUCAUCUCCUGGAAAACCAUUAAUUCUUUAAUAAAAAAAAAACAAAAAACAACAAGUCAACAAUCAAUACCUCCUUUAAUACUGUGAUAAAGAAUUGAUUAAUGAUCCUGAUAAUAUAUCUACUGUUUUUAACAAAUACUUUGUCGAAAUUGGACCCUCCCUUUCUUACAAAAUUCCCCAUGUUAACAAACCAUCCAAAGAUUUUCUUCCUAACCCAACCCAACCCAACCAGUGAUUCCGUAUUUUUUACUCCAGUUGAUGAGACUGAAGUGAUCCAAAUACUUACCUCUCUUAAAACCUACAAAUCCCCGGGUAUUGAUGAUUUCCAUUACUGAAGCCAUCAAAUACAUUGGUAACAUAAUCUCUCGUCCAUUAUGCCAUAUAUUUAACAUUGCCCUAUCUAGCGGUGUGUUCCUACUGAAACAAGAUAAAGUUAGCGGGCGUUACCCCUAUUUACAAAUCGGGCAUCAAUUAUGACCUUUCUAACUAUCGUCCCAUUUCAAUUCUAUCCACUUUUUCGAAGGCCUUGGAAAGGGUAAUUUACAAUCGAGUAUUCUCAUUUAUGAUUAAAUACGAUAUACUUUAUAAAAAGUAUUUAGGUUUCAGAAAAGGACACAUUACCUUUAUGUCCCUUAUUGAUCUAACAAAAUUGUUAACGCAUUUAAAAUCGCCUCCCUUCAAUCGGACUUUUUAGAGAUAUUUUCAAGGGCUUCGACACAUUUGAUCACACUAUUCUCUUAUAUAUUAUCUUGUUAAUAAGGAAAUAAAGAAUAAAAUUCAAAAAGCCUUGGUAAUAUUUUUAGAUUAUCGUCAUUUGUACGCCUAAUAUUCUUAGUAUUCUCUACUGCUCGCUUAUUCUUCCUUAUUUGAGCUACUGCAACAUUGUUUGGUACAAUACAUAUUUAUCCAGCAAUAACAAACUGUAUAUUAUCAAAAGAAAAAAAGGCCCUUAAAAUUAUAUUUGGCGCUCCACAACGGUCUCAUUCCUCUCCCUUAUUUUCCAAUUUAAACUUUCUUAAACUCUCUGAUAUUAACCAUUUUAAACAAGGUAAUUUUUUAUACUCUGCCUUUCUCCCCAAUCAUCGAAGUAGCAUGUAUAUACCCUCAAUCACUCCAUUCACAAUUAAUGUACUCGAUCUAGAAGUGAUAUUCCCAUCCAUACCUAAUCAUAACACCAACAGUAUUAAAUACUCUGGAAUAAUUUACCACCCUCAAACUCAGUUUCCUUGAAGUCCUUUACAAAAUAACUCAGGAAUCACCUUGUUCUGCAUUAAAAGAUUUUAUUUUUACGAUGGCGACUCGUCUUGCUGCCCCAUGAAACUUCAUUUUCUGUUGCCAUGCUUGUCUGUAUGUGUUGCGUGUUUGUUUGUUAAUUUGUGUCUCUGUAUGUUUUUGUGAGUUUUUGUUUAGGCCUGCCUAUGACAAGACUUUUAAAACAAAAUCUUCUCGGGCAAGUGCCUUUUUCCUUUGGUUUUGUUCUAUUGUCUCAUAAACCCAUUGUUAUUAAUUAUUUUUGUUUUCUAAUAUUUGACUGCUAUUGGAAGACAACAAAUUUCUUUUUGAAUUGAAAUUAAUUGAAUAGGCAUGUUUAGGUGUAGUAGGUCUACAUUGUUUUAGGUCGAUUUGUACGAUAAAUGUAUAAAGAAGAAUCUUAUUAUAUUUUAUAUGUCUUAUCAAAAUAAAGUGACAGAGAUUUAGAUACAAAAAAUCACUUACCACCGCCCAUACCAAAUCACCCACACUAAAUGACUUUGUUUAAAAUAAAUCUCCUAAAGAUAUGUUCUUAAUUUUCAACCACUACCAUCCAAACCCACUUACAAAAACAUACAGUAACUCACCCACUCUCAGUUUAUAUUUUAAUUUUAAAACAUUUUAAUGUUAUGUUAAGUGGUAGGUGGAACAUUUUAAUUUUAUACUUGACAAAAAAGUACAUGCCAAGUCUUGACGACCAAUGCUUAUUUAAGAUAUUUUGGCCUAGUGACUCCAUCUAUAGCGUUCAUCCAUGCAUAAAACUCGAUACACCACUGACUCUGUUUCGCCAGGGGGAGUCUAUAUGCAUAUUCAUGAAUCAGUUGUCCUAACUGACCUAAAAUAGCACCCCCUAUAAUUUCUGCCGCAACUGUAUGGGGGCAAAAAUAAUUCCCCCAGCCGACACAUACGAAAACACACACAUAAACUACAGCUAAACACAUAUACCUAGCUAAAUACAUAUAUCAUAUCGAGCAUAGUCCGUAUUGACACUUCAAAUAUGUGAAGAACGAAGAAAAAUAAUAGGUACUACAUUCAAGUAUCUAUCUUACUUUAUCAUAAUAUUUCGACAUAACUGUUUGAAGUAGGACCUGUGUGCUAUGUAUGUAUGAGCUGGUCGUUGUUGCAUUGGUCUUCAUAAUAAAACCAACUUCGGUACUAAAUUGAA